CGGCAACCUGAUCCCGGUCCAACAUGGUCGCCGCUCACGCUUCUCAUUCCUCGUCCUCCGGCGAGUGGAUCGCGUGCCUGGAUAAAAGGCCUUUGGAACGUUCUAGUGAAGAUGUAGAUAUAAUAUUCACACGACUGAAAGAAGUGAAAGCUUUUGAGAAAUUUCAUCCAAACCUUCUCCAGCAGAUAUGUCUCUGUGGAUAUUAUGAAAAUCUGGAAAAAGGGAUCACAUUAUUCCGUCAGGGUGAUAUUGGGACGAAUUGGUAUGCUGUCCUGACAGGAUCACUGGAUGUGAAGGUGUCUGAUACAAGCAACCACCAGGAUGCUGUGACGAUAUGUACUCUUGGAAUAGGAACUGCUUUUGGAGAGUCCAUUCUGGAUAACACUCCUCGCCAUGCAACCAUUGUUACCAGGGAACACAGUGAGCUCCUUCGAAUUGAGCAGAAGGACUUCAAAUCACUUUGGGAGAAAUAUCGACAGUAUAUGUCUGGACUUCUCACUCCUCCUUAUGGUGUUAUGGAAACUGGCUCCAACAAUGACAGAAUGCCAGAUAAAGACAGUAUGUCAAACAGUGCUCUUUGCCAAGUUUCUAAAAAUUGUAAUAAGACACCUCUUAUUGAUCCUCACAUCCCACAUCAUCCUACUAAAACCAUUACUCAGGUUCCUUCAGAAAAGAUCCUUAGAGCUGGAAAGAUUUUGCGAAAUACAAUUCUGUCCCGAGCUCCUCACAUGAUAAGAGAUCGUAAAUACCAUCUGAAGACUUACAGGCAAUGCUGUGUGGGGACAGAACUAGUUGACUGGAUGAUGCAACAAAGUCCUUGUGUCCAUUUACGAACCCAGGCUGUUGGCAUGUGGCAAGUACUGCUGGAAGAAGGUGUUCUUAACCAUGUGGACCAGGAACACCACUUUCAAGACAAAUACUUAUUUUAUCGAUUUUUGGAUGAUGAGCGUGAAGAUGCCCCUUUGCCAACUGAGGAGGAGAAAAAGGAGUGUGAUGAGGAGCUACAGGAUACUAUGCUGCUUCUCUCUCAGAUUGGGCCAGAUGCUCAUAUGAGGAUGAUUCUCAGGAAACCCCCUGGCCAGAGAACUGUAGAUGACUUAGAAUUUAUAUAUGAAGAACUUCUCCACAUUAAGGCCUUAUCUCACCUUUCUACUACAGUAAAACGGGAAUUAGCAGGUGUCCUCAUUUUUGAGUCACAUCCCAAAGCAGGAACAGUCUUAUUUAAUCAGGGAGAAGAAGGUACUUCUUGGUACAUUAUCCUAAAGGGAUCAGUAAACGUAGUCAUUUAUGGCAAGGGUGUGGUAUGUACUCUACACGAAGGAGAUGAUUUUGGCAAGUUAGCACUUGUGAAUGAUGCUCCCAGAGCAGCAUCCAUUGUUCUGCGGGAGGACAACUGCCACUUCUUGAGAGUAGAUAAGGAGGACUUCAACAGGAUCCUUAGGGAUGUGGAAGCAAAUACAGUAAGACUCAAAGAACAUGACCAAGAUGUCUUGGUGUUGGAGAAGAUCCCAGCAGGAAACAGAAUUUCUAAUCAAGGAAAUUCACAGCCGCAGCACAAGUAUAUUGUGAUGUCAGGAACCCCAGAGAAGAUUUUAGAGCACUUUCUAGAAACUAUGCGCCUUGAAGCAACUUUAAAUGAAGCAACAGAUUCUGUUUUAAAUGAUUUUAUUAUGAUGCACUGUGUUUUUAUGCCAAAUAGUCAGCUCUGCCCAGCCUUGAUGGCACACUAUCAUGCCCAGCCUUCUCAGGGUACAGAGCAGGAGAAAAUGGAUUAUGCCCUCAACAAUAAAAGGCGAGUCAUUCGACUGGUUCUGCAGUGGGCUGCUUUAUAUGGAGAUUUACUGCAAGAAGAUGAAGCAGCAAUGGCCUUUUUGGAGGAAUUUUAUGUAUCUGUAUCAGAUGAUACUAGAAUGAUUGCAGCACUAAAGGAGCAACUUCCAGAGCUAGAGAAAAUUGUAAAGCAAAUUUCUGAAGAACCUAAAGCACCACAAAAGAAGCACAAAGUUCUUCUGCAGCUGUUCAACACAAGUGAUGACAGAGCACAGAAACGCCAGCCUAUCAGGGGCAGUGAUGAAGUUCUGUUUAAGGUAUACUGCAUAGACCAAACCUACACCACUAUCCGUGUGCCAGUGUCUUCUUCUGUGAAGGAAGUGAUCAGUGCAGUUGCAGACAAGCUGGGCUCUGGAGAAGGCCUCAUCAUAGUAAAGAUGAGUUCAGGAGGAGAAAAGGUUGUGCUGAAGCCUCACGAUGUUUCAGUGUUCACCACUCUCAGCGUUAAUGGCCGGCUGUUUGCCUGCCCGCGGGAUCAGUUCGAUUCUUUGGCACCAUUGCCAGAACAAGAAGGACCAUCUACUGGUACAGUAGGAACAUUUGAACUGAUGAGUUCCAAAGACUUAGCACAUCAGAUGACAAUUUACGACUGGGAGCUCUUCAACUGUGUGCAUGAGCUGGAAUUGAUCUAUCACACUUUUGGAAGGCACAAUUUUAAAAAGACCACAGCAAAUCUGGACUUGUUUUUAAGAAGAUUCAAUGAAAUUCAGUUCUGGGUGGUCACCGAGAUUUGUCUUUGCUCUCAACUCAGCAAGCGUGUUCAGCUCUUAAAGAAAUACAUUAAGAUAGCAGCCCACUGUAAAGAAUACAAAAAUCUGAAUUCCUUUUUUGCUAUUAUUAUGGGACUGAGUAAUGUUGCUGUGAGCCGUCUCUCAUUAACGUGGGAGAAACUCCCAAGCAAGUUCAAGAAGAUCUAUGCAGAGUUUGAAAGCUUAAUGGAUCCAUCAAGAAACCAUAGGGCCUACAGACUAACUGUAGCUAAAUUGGACCCUCCAAUAAUUCCUUUCAUGCCACUGCUUAUAAAAGACAUGACGUUUACUCAUGAGGGAAACAAGACAUUCACUGACAAUCUAGUAAACUUCGAAAAAAUGCGCAUGAUUGCCAACACUGUCAGGACAGUGAAAUUCUGCCGAAGCCAGUCUUUCAAUCCUGAUGCAGCCCUAACUAAUAAAAACCAUCAGGAUGUUCGGAGCUACGUGCGGCAAUUAAAUGUGAUUGACAACCAGAGAACUUUAUCACAGAUGUCUCACCGACUGGAACCGCGCCGAGCAUAAACAUUUGAAGCAAUGAUGAGAAACGAUCUUUUAUCCUCUCAAGGUCACUUGUUAAGAACUUCACUUUCUCUGCUACUGCACUGCCACUACAAAUAAGCAAAAACAUACCAUAAGGUCUUAGGCAACGCACAAUGUACCAGCCUGCUGGAGAACUUUGGCUGAGGAACAAUGUAUGCACUGUAGGUAUAUGGGUGGCCAUGUUGUGAACUGUUAAUUCAUCUUAAAGUGUAGUAAGUGAUAUCUCAUAUGGAUUAAAAAAACCCACAUAGAUAGAAUAGUUAGUGGGAAAUGCACAAAAGCUUUUAACAGUUCUAAGGUAGGUAGUGAGUCCUUCUCCCUAAUUAAGAAUCUGUAUUUUAUGAUUUAUGCUUCAGGUCAGGACCAAAACUGAUCGUCAGUUUAGCUUGCUCAGCUACUGUUGACCUCAAUAGAAGAUAGAUGUAAGGAUCUGAUGAAAUAAUGUAGGUUCAAGCGUGGUCUAAGGUGUAGUUCCAUUCAGAGAAGACUUGCAAAUAUUUCCAUUUUAAAUACAACAAAUACUAAGAAAAAUUCCUAGUCUUAAUCAUACUGUCUACUACUACAAGCAGUGUGGCCAUUUCAGAAAACUGACAGGACUGAAAAUAUUUUGAAUGAUAAAUAGAUUAAUCAGUGUUUACAUUUUACUUCCUUCUUUUUAAACUACCAAUCAAGUUUUUACAAAAUUCAGUUAAAAAAUAAGGUCGUUAAAAUCAAUAGCAUUAAAGGUAGCAAAGGACUGGUUCAAAAAGAGCACAAUAUGCACAAAUGGAUUUCAAGAGAAUAUUUUCCUGGACAUUAAAACCUUAAAUUUCAGCUAGAAUUAAUCGUGGCUGGUUAACACAUUUUCUGGUCUUACACAUUUACAAAUAUCUUAAUUUUCAGCCAAUUGUUUGCACUUUCAGUAGACUGUAAAUAAAUGUCAAUUCAUUAUGUUCUAGAAUAUUUAUUUAUGUAAUAGUUAUUGUGCCAAAAUAAUUCUGGUUUAUUUAUUUUGUUUAGCAUGUUACGAGAGUACAGCUUUUGUCUUCACACUCUGUGCAUUUACAUGUAGAAGUUGUGUGAUAUAUCUUUUCUGUAAAUAACAUGAAGUACCUUAUUAAAUGUAAUUGCUGGAAA